UGCAAUUUUUUGUUCAAAUUAUGUACAAAUAGAUUGGUCUAAUCCCUCAUUUGUUAAUAGACAUUAGUUAAACGAUAAUGCUCAGCAGAGGCAAAUGUUUAGCUCACAGGAUUCACUGCAAUGGCGUUGGAGACCUCCUUUCCUUUUACCGUUUCAGGUCACAAUUUCUCUACUCUUCAUCCUCAACUCUUUUCUUUGUAAAAUACCUGGUUGAUUCUCUAGGGUUCUCCAAAGAAGAAGCAACCUCUACAUAUUCCAAGUUAACUUCACGGAAAACCACCAGAGAUCCCGAUUUAGUCCUCAAUUUCUUGAAACAAACCGGUUUUGACAACUCCCAGAUCAAAACGAUGGUCUCUAGAGCACCCAAAUUGCUAUUCUGUGAUGUUUCUAAAACCCUAAAGCCCAAAUUCCAGUGCCUUGUGGACCUCGGGCUAUCCGGGUCGGACUUGGUGAAUGUAAUUGCUAAAAAUACUAAAAUUAUGGUAAUAGGUUUAGAUACUCAUAUGAGACCUACCAUUGAUUGUCUUAGGAGAACUUUGGCCACUGACGAAAAUAUAGUUACGGCUAUAAAGAGAAGUCCUCGGUUGCUUUCUUUUGGUGCCCGUCAUAUUAUGGAUACUAAUGUAUUGUUGUUGAAAAACUGUGGUAUUUCUGAUGCGAGAAUUAAAAAAUUUGUGCUUCAAAAUCCUUCUCGUGUUACACAAAAUCCUGAUCGUGUUAAGUAUUCCUUGCAUAGAGUGGAGAAGGAUUUUCGAGUCCCGCUUGGCUCCCCUAGUUUUCUUUAUGCAUUUCAUGUUUUAUCUGCGCAAAAAAAGUCUACAUUGGAUAGGAAGAUUGGAAUUUUCACGAGUUUUGGAUGGUCUGAUGAUGAAAUACUCAAGUUAUUCAGGAAGCUACCGCUUUGUAUUGCUCUCUCAGAGGUUAGAAUUCAGAAAGCAUUGAAUCUUUACAUGAAGGAGCUCAGUUUUGAAUCUUCUUACUUAGCUUCUCGUCCUGCAUUUUUGGCCUAUAGUCUGGAGAAAAGGGUGAUACCUCGGAUGCAAGUCUUGAAAAUUUUGGACGAAAAGAAGCUUGAGAGGAGAAAGUUUGUAUUCUAAAAAGUCACAGCCGGUGUUGCCAAAAUUCAUUCCUGGAAUUGGUUCAUAGUUUACUGAAAGACCUUCCUCAUAUAUACAAGUUUCAACUGCUCUGAGCUAUAUGCAAAUUCAACCUUGCCAUUUGAAGCUUUUCGGAUUCAACAGAUCUUGAUAACUGAUUCCCUUUGGCAGUUACCACCAAGUUUGUUCCAGAAGAUAAAAUAAAAUACUUUUUCCGCUUUGGCAUUGGUUAUAUGAUAUAAGGGUCUGAUUUUCUCUCUGAUGGAUGACAAAAGGAUGUAUGAUUUCCCGUUGGGAAGUUCUUCUAUCUUGUCUGAGUUUGAUCCUA